GCGUGGUUUACACCCCACUCUGAAAUAGGGACGGAGGGAAGAAUCGAGCCGGCAGCUGAUUCGUUUGCAGGCAGGGAAGUUAGAGUCCACACACUGAUGGUAGAGGAAAGAUCAGAGAAUAACACACACGGAGUUUGGCAGGUAUUCUCACGCACACAUGCGCACACACACACACACACACACACCUCCUUCCACACUGUGACACUAAAGGACUGAGCCCUGCAGAUUGGUCUGUGUUCCACCUCCUGUCAUCUGAGGGAAAACUCCAAGAAGAGAGAGCGUAGAAGUCAGACUGCUGCUGCUGCCUCUGUGUUGGAUUCACUUGUUUUGCCGCAGACCCAGUGACUCCCAUCACCGCCCGUGCCUCCUGCUGGAUGUGGACAGCCUAGGAUGGAAGACCCACCACAAGCUGCUCUGAGGCACUGCAACACUACACGCUCAACCCCCGCAACUUUGGUCGUCUUGUCUCCUCCUCAGACGCCGACACAACCAGCUGCUUCGCCGCCAUCGCUUGUCAGACCACCACCACGGCGUGACGAGAUUCCAGGAUGUUUUUGAGGUUCCGCCGAUUACGGAGAUGCCAAUGUGUGCAGCUGAUGACCACCUGCCUGGUGCUGUCAGUGGUGAUGGUCUGCUGGGAGCAGCUGGACAACAGUGUUGUCAGUCACGUCAAGUCCUACUCCUACCGCUACCUGGUCAAUCGCUUCUCCUACAUCAACAAGAGCUUCACCAUCCCACGUGAGCAGGCAAGAAGCUUCAGCAACUUCCGCUACCUGCUGGAUCACCCGGACAAGUGUGCUAACAAGGACGUCCUCCUCCUGCUCUUUGUCAAAACGUCCCCAGGGAACACUGAGAGGCGUAAAGCCAUCAGAUCCACCUGGGGUAAUGAGACCUACAUCCAAAACACCUUGGGAGUGACUGUCAGGGUGGUGUUUGCCUUAGGAGCGCCUCGGACCAAGACGGAAGAGCCUUCUUGGAGGAAAAGGAGUAGGGUGGGCCUCCAGGAGCAGCUCAUCCAUGAGGACCGUCUCCAUGGUGAUUUGAUCCAACAGGACUUCUUAGACUCUUUCCACAACCUGACCCUAAAGCUGAUCCUACAGUUCCACUGGAUGCACAGCCGCUGUGCACACGCCCGCUUCCUCAUGACUGCCGACGACGACAUCUUCGUCCACAUGCCCAACCUGGUGAGCUAUCUGCAGGACAUGAGCAGCAGAGGCGUCACAAACUUCUGGAUCGGUCGAGUGCACAGAGGGGCACCGCCCAUCCGCAGAAAAGACAGCAAGUACUACGUGCCCUUCGAGAUGUACCCGUGGUUGUCGUAUCCUGACUACACGGCAGGGGCUGGGUAUGUUGUCUCCAGCGACGUAGCAGACAAAAUCUAUCAGGCCACACUGACCCUGAACGCCUCUCUUUACAUAGACGAUGUGUUCAUGGGCAUCUGCGCCAAUGCCGUCGGUGUGACCCCACAAGAUCAUGUCUAUUUCUCGGGGGAGGGCAAGGCGCCUUACCACAUGUGUAUCUAUGACCAGAUGAUGACCUCACAUGGUCACGUGGAGAAUAUCUAUGACUUGUGGAAGGCCGCGACACGCCCACAGGUGAAACAGUGGACCUCUGGAGUCGUAGGUAGGCUGUACUGCACGGCCGUGAAAAUGGCUCUUCUUUGUAAACCUUACUAUGUCAACACAUACCCCUGCAAAGCAGCCUUUUUGUAGUACACCUGAAUAGGUGUUUGUGUGUGUCAGUAUGUGACAGAGAGCGAAAGCGUGUGUCAUGGAGUGUGUCUGUGCAACAUAAUGAAAUGACGAACAUCACUGCGAAUAUUACCUCAGUCCUUUCGGACACCAGCGUCUGUCAAAAGACUGGAAACAUGGUGUGUGUGAGGAAAAGAGGUCACAUGAUUUAUCUCUGUUAGUGGGACAUCACCAAAAUAACAAUGACCACUGGUACAACAAUGCACUGACACUGGUGUUGGACUGACUGCAGAAUGUGAUGAAAAACCAGGCACUCUAAUCACGGCUCACUCUCAUUUACCUGCUUUAUUACAUUGAGAGUGAAAUAAUUACAUUUUUCUAAAAGUGUUUUAAACCCCUGACUGCCCAAUAAGGAGAUCUGUUUUUCUAAACUGAUGGUGCAAAACAUUUGGCUUGUGGUCAUGAUCACUUAUUGAAGGAAAAAAACAGUCAGAUCUAAAACUGCCUCCAUGACGUGUAACGGAUAACGUGUAACUGAGAAGACUUCCUGUGCAGUAAUGACAAGCUACGAAGUUAAGUAUGUUAUAGGGGGUUUCUUUUUUUUGUAAUGGCAUUAGUGAUUUUUUUAAUGAAAUAAAAUCCACACUCUGUUUCAAGUGACAAAAGA